UCUGAAACUGAUGCUAGUACCCACCAUACGUCCUAAUCAAGAGACGCAUCAAAACAAAGUAACUAUGUACAAAUAAACCAUGGCUAAGGCUAUCUAGCAUUACGUUUAGACCGGUAUAAACACAUGGAUAAUAACCCACAGGGACGAAUCAACUGAGGGGACAACGUUUGCUUUAGUGAUCGAUGUUGGAAUGGGGCCCUAGAGAGGAGCAUGGAGGAGGAUGCAGGCACUACACUGCAGUGCAAUAAUAAGUUGCGGAGAAAACUGUACAGCGAUGACACGGAGAAGCUUCGCAGGAAGCUAGCCUACUUGCAACGGGAGUAUUCCAAAACACAACAAAAACUCAAGCGUGCUGAGCGAUCAGAGGGGGUGAAGAAACAUGAGAAGACCAGAGUCACAGAGCAGAACUCUCUGCUCCUGACCCAGAUUGAUCCGGACACAUCAACCACCCGUCCAAAUGUCGACCCGUCCUCGCCAUCUCCUAGACUCUGCGCUCCGACUAGUCAAAUCACUGGCCCGCCCCAAGAACAUCAGCACACUGAAGGACAAGUGGAGGCUGACGGCGGCAGGGAGAGCCCAGCGGUCAGGUUCCUCCCCCCCUUGGAGGCUGCUCCGCUUCUCCCCUCUGCCUCCAGCCAGGAUGACCAAUCCAGGGAGCAGAGGCCCACCCCGGCCCCCAGCUCAGCCCUGCGCCUGCGCUCCCGAAGCAGCCGUUUGCGGCGGCAGCAGAGAUGCAGCGAGACCUCCGAGGUGAUCGGCAGCACAGACACAAACAGCGAGGAGUGGCCGGGGCCCGGCAGGAAGCUUGAGGAAAAGGCUGCGACGGAGAAGAGCGUAGGGACGCCGGAAAUGGUGGCGGAGACACAGGAAAUGAAAGAACGACGUUUGAGCGGCUCAGAAUCGGAGUCUUCCGCACUGUUGUUGACACACUGGCACACGGAGAGACGCACUGCAGACGGAAGGGCGGAGAUGAUGGGACCGGUGCAAAGGGAGAAGGAAACGGACCUGACUGGAGAUAAGUUAGACAGCGAGUCCCCCUCUCUGCUGCUCCCUCAUUGGACAUCGGCUCCACCUGCUGGGAGGGGAACACCUGAGGACACACUGAACCACCCUGGAACAGAGGCAGGCGAAGAAGAAGCAAGACGAGGAGGGCUGGAGAAAGAAGUAAAUGCCGGAGAACAACAGAGAUGCGACGGGGAAACCAAAAGGGAUGGAUAUGAGGAGGGAAACGCCAGCGAUAAAAGCGGCCACACAGCCAUUGGACCAAGAGGUGACCAGCAUCAAGGUAGAUGUGAGAAGGAAAAGGGAGAAUGUGAUAGAAAGGUAAGCCUGGCAGCCUCCUGCACCCUGUGGGAUGGGCUGGUCUUCCCCGCGGAGUACUACGUUAGAACCACCAGGCGCAUGACCUCCUCCCAGCAGCAGCAACAGCCGGACAUGCAGAGCAGCCUGUUCUCCAAUCUGAUUGUUAAAAGUCGGGCUAGAGGCGGUGGGCGGGGCCGGGGGCGGAGCCUGCACGCACUCCAAGACGGCGAAGACGCGGAUCAGAGCAACCUGAGGCUUGGGUAUUCUGACACGCCCCCACGAAUGGUUUCUUCCGCCUCAUCCCAUGAAGCACAGUGUUCCAGGGAGAAGGAGUCGUCGGAUCCGUUGCUAGAUAAUCCGAACCAAGAGUGUUUCCUCUCAGCGGCGCACAGUGCUAGACCGGUGAGGGGCAGGAAGAGGAAAAGAGGGGGACGGCGAGGACGGAGGUUUGAAAAAGGCUCUUUUUGUUUAGACGUCAGUUAUACAGACCAAGAACGGACUUCAGAGCACUCUGUACCUGCCUUGAUCUCCAGUUCCCCAUCGCAUUCAUUCCCUGUGGAUGAAGCUCCGGAGCAGGGCCCGGUGUCAGUAGUACCACCUAUUGUCUCCCAGCCCUCCGCGUUUCCACCCGCUCUCCCCCCAGGGAUCCCACCUUCUGCUCAGGAGGACGGGACGAUGUCUGCCUCGGUUUCUGGAAGUCUGGAACGAGUUUAUCCCAUCUUCAAGAGGAGCAGCUCGGUGACUGAAAGACCCCCAGAUGAUGUCUCAGGCUGGCGGUCCCUCCUGCUGCCCUCUCCUCCAGCCCCCAGCGAUCCCCUCCACCAACCCUCCCUGCUGGCCCUGGGCCUCGCCCUCAAACCCCCGGUCCCCCUGGACUUCCAUCUUCCCGACGAGCAGUUCGGCUCCCUCAAGCUCCACAAGCUGCAGCGGGUCGCCGACGCCACGGCGGAGCCCUUCUCCAUCCCGUCGUAUCGCACCAGAAGCAGCAGUACGCAGGCGUACGCCCUGUACAGGACCCGCAGCGACCAGGCGUUGGCUCUCUCCCUCCCGUUCAGCCCCACCCCCGACCUCGCCAUGUCCCUGCCCAGUCCAGACGAUGGGCUGCCUUCUCGGUUACAGUCUCAAUGUCCCCCUGCAGUCACCCAGAUCCAUCCCAUUGGGGAUCGCAAGCGUAUUGAUACCCAGAUGUUCCUGGAGUCGACCCCAGUCACGCCCGGGGAGGAUUGCAAACUAGACCCAUGCGACCGGCUACCCGAAGGGGGUGGACGGUUGGCAGAUGGCCCGGAGCAAACCAGCCACAGGGCGGCGGGGUCAGUGGUGGUACGGUCCACCGGGGAAUGUUUGGAUCGGUCCACGGAACAAGGGACACUUUCAGGCACGAAGUUAGAGGGCUUUGCGGAACGUUUGCUGCCGUUGAAGUCGUCUACCGUUUUGACAGAACAGCAGGGACAUGGUGGAGGUGUAGUCCGGCCGUCGGAAGACCAUAGAGCUACCAACCACCAGAGGGCAGCAGUCGAUGACUGCGGUUUUCCUGCAGAGGAGCCAUUUGAAAGCCCUUCCAAGUGCAUUAAUAGCCAGAACGCAAGACAUGCCUGUGCGGACCCUGGGGUCCAAGAGGAUCAACGCAUGACCCAUUUGACAAACCAUUCACUGAUAGAUGAACACACUACAAACUCCCCUACUGACGCAUCUGCAGGAAGCCCUCCACCACGGCCCGGUGCCGGCUCCCAGCUCCUGCUGAGCCCGUCUCUGGUCUCCCCACCCUGCCCUCUCCUGGCCCCCCACCUUCUCCCCUCCAGCCCCCCCUUACCCUCCCUAGGACUCACCCCUCACCAAGCCCGCGCCUCUUGCCUGCCCCUGACCUCGUCCCCUUGUGCCCCCAAUCUCGCCCUGCCUUCCCCCAUUAGCCCGUCCACCCCGGCCCGCUCCCCCCCACACCUCUCCCCCUGUCCCAUCCUCGUGUCCCCCCAUCGAGGCGCCCCUGCUCCCGCCCCUACCUCCCGUCAGACCUCCGUCUCGCUGGAUCCACAAAUUGCCGUGGGCGGGCAGUGCCAGGGGGUUGUGCCCACUCACAGUCCGUCUGUCUCCGACGCUGGUGGGCCUGUGGAUCCACAGCCUCCCCCUGCCGCCGGAGCCUCUUCUAGAAGCCACGGUGCACAGGAAGCCACCGGGGAAACUGAAGUGGUGGCGGAGGAGUGUCCGAUUAGCUUCACACACACAUUGACGGCCCCAGCCGGGGGUGGCCUGGUCGAUGCCUGCUGUGUCUCAGGUCCUUCAGGAGGUCUGUGUGUGGCGGCGGCUGGAAAAUGGGCAGUGUGUGUGUGGGACCAGACAUCCAGCUCCGGCUGGGUCCUCGUACACACAUGGACUUUCAACAAGCCUGUAAUCAGUGUGUUUUCUGUGCCGGACUCGGUGGGGUUGCUGUGUGUGACUUUGGGCCAGCUGGAAAUCCAGGAAGUAAGGGUGCUUUGCUGCUCCAGCCGGGUGGAGGUGCUGCUGUGUCAGGGUGUGGUUCAGACGGUUGUGGGCGUGGCCCGGUCCAGAGUGGUUUGCUCCUCCCACUCGCCGGCCAUUUCUACGCUGCAGAUCUUCGUGCUGUCGGAGGACAUCAGUGCACCCAACCCCCAGCCUCUGGCCUCCCCGGGCAUGCACGUUGGAGCCCUGGCUACAGUUGAUGGACUGAAGGACUGCCUGCUGGGAUCCGCUGAAGGAGGGCAUCUCUUCAUCUGGAACCUAAGCACUGGGCAGCUGUUACAGAGGAUCCAACUGGACAAAGAGUUAACACACACGGCCUGUCUCCGAGGCUACAGCUACGCUGGGAUACUGCUUGUCCUUCUGCAGCACCAGUACCUUGGAUCCAUAGUGAGGGAGGAGGUCCAAUCGUACCACAGGGAAGACGAAGGCGACAGGGUUUCCAUGGAGAAAGAAAAACCGAAGACCACCCUGUUCACCUUGGUCGCCAUUAACGCUCUCAAUGGGAAAUCGGUGGUGGCCAAUCGACUACACCAGCCUGAAGCCUGGUCUGGAAGGCUGUGUGAGGCAGAUGUCCUGGGCUCCAAGUUGGUGGCUCUCAACCAGAGUGGUAGUGUGUACGUCUGGGAACUCGGCGGCCCCGUGGGGCCGAGAGUGGUGUGGGCUCCUGAGGCGGACGGCUGGCACGUGGCUCGCUGGGGAGGGUCUGACAUCUUAGUGACCGGCCAUCAAAAUGGAGACCUCACACUGUACCGCUACGACGGCCAGAACUCAGUCAAGACUACCAUUUAACAGACUUGAUUCUUUGAUUGAAUGUUUCCCGGCUCCGUGUACUACAGAUGUUCAGGAAUGUUACUCAAACACCAGCUGUUUCUGGUAAAAAAAAAAAGAUACCGUUGUUGGGUGUCCAGGCUGUUUUAAUGCCAUUUGUUAAUAUUUACCAGUUCUAAAGCUUAUAUUUGUAUUUAAAGAAAAGCACAAUCUUACCAUGUUCUAUUAAAAUUUGUACAAAUUGAUUUUAUGGAAGCAAUAUACUAAAAUCUUGAUGGUUUAAUGCUGUGGAGGAGCUGAUUUGUUAGCAUAUCAAUUUGUUAAGACAUCUCCAAAUCAUGGCAGACUUAUGAUAUCAGCUGGGCAUUUCUCAAGUGAAACAAGUCUUGGCAGAAAUUCUUUAACUUCAGUAAGCCCGUUUAACAUCCACCUCAUUGUAAAACUACCACUGUACUUGAGGCACUGCAGGUCAAGCAAAAAAAACACAUCAGCAAUGAAUGAAAAAUUGUCAACUUUUUUGUAUUCCGUAAUCUUUAUUUAUAUUUGUAAAGCACAAAGCAAUCUAUACAACAUUAAGAGUCUCAGUGAGUUUGUACAGAGAAAUUUUUUACAGAAUAUAUUUAAAAUACAACUAUAAAAUGGGAGCAUAAUGAAGAUCACCAACACGGUCAGAUUUAGGCCUCUUAUCCACAACAUACAGAUUAAAAAUAGACCUGAAGGACCAGUUGGCGAGCUCAAAUUUCUUCUCAGUGUUAAAGGCAAGUGCAGUUGAAUGAAAAAUUCACUCAUUGAAAACAAAUGUCAGGAGAAAACAGGUAAUAGGGAAAGUCUCAAAGAAGAAGCCCCGUCAUGUGAGAGAACGUAAAAUCAAAGACAUAAAAACCAUUGAAAUUGUCAACUAUGGUACAGCAAUUACAUCCCAGGAAAGUUGGGGAGAUAAAGCAAAGAAAAUGAUUCACAGGCCAAGAUUAAAAAUGAGGGACUAAGCUCAUCACUUUUUCCGCUAGGAAGUGGUUAAAAUGCUUUCUUUAGUGUGCCGAGGCAGACUUGUUGGCUAGUAUUUUCUCCACCAUCACCUUAGCAUAGCGGAUACGGCUCGCCAGCUCC